CCUCAGGCCGACCGGUAAUGUCAUCCUUCAACGCAAACAACUACCACUGGCUCGAAGAGGACAUCUCACCAUUCUGCACCAAACAGCUAAAAGCACUGCUAUCGCGGAAAGGAUACGAUCUUACUGAUCUCGUUCUUACCAUGCACAUCACCGUACGUAUGAACGAGGUGGGCUUUAUCUACGAUAUUUCAUGUAAAAUGGUUCGAGACGGUAUGUGCACGAAUGUAAGGGACUUUGACAAUUAUAGUACGGUUAGUGACGUGGAGGGAACGGGCCGUGAUGAUUUUGUGGAGGCGUUGGAGUGUGUAAAGAAAGAUGCUAUGGUUAGGUAUGGUGGAAUGGUUGCUGGUGGUAAGGUUGAGGUGGAGAUGCCUGCUGCUGAGUUGGUAUUGGAUAGAGCUGGGUGUAUGGAUGGUGGUCGAUCGAACUGUGGUGGUGGCACGGAGGAACGUGCUGACCAACACGAUGAAUGUGCUGAGAGUGUACAGGGACGUACCAUUAGGAUGAACGUUACGGUUACGUGCAAAAAGGAAGACCUCCUCAAUUAUCUGUUUGAUCCUACGUUUUACAGGCAAUACGCACCGAAGAGCAGCAGAAGAUGCGUAAGGAUCAUCGAAAAUGUUUCGUUCACCAAUUUGGAUAGGGAGAAGAUGACGUUUAAUGUGGUGAUGCCCGAUUUGUUGCCGUGUUCGAAGGUGCAACUCGUGUUAGUGGAAGUUGAUAGUGGAACUGAGGUACGUAUGGAACAGAAUGGGGUAGUGAGCGGUAAUGAGGACAGGAUAAAAGCGUUUUGGACUGGAUAUUUCUAUCCAAGGCUUAGCAUGCAUUUCAAUUGUGCUGUUAUUUAAUUAAACGGGAGGUUUGCCGA